AAGAGAAUAAUUCCUAUGGCUUCAAUUGAGUAAAACAUCUUAUUCACCAAAGUCAAGAAUGGUGUGCCACCGAAGCUCUCCCACUCCUUCCUCCUACCUUUCUGACUUCCACCAAAAGGAAGUGGAAAUUUUGGUGGAUUCGUCUCUCUCUCUCUAUCUCUCUCUCUCACAAGCACAACAAUCACAUCUUCCGUAUCUAUAUAUUUACCAAUACGUUCUUUUUUCUACAGUUAAAUCUUCCAUUGUUGUUGCUAAGUUCUUGUACAAGAAUGGAUAGAAGGUUAAUUGUGGCUGCCCAGAUAGGUGAUGUUGACCUUUUGCUCAAUUUGAUCCAAUAUAAUUCCCUAAUUCUACACUAUGUAUCAUUAACAGAGGAAGAGACUCCAUUAUACAUUGCUUCUAUGGCUGGCCACCUCAAUUUUGUACGAAAAAUACUAGAAUUGAAGCCAAAUUUCGCCGAGGUGCUCAACCAAGACGGUUUUAGUCCCCUCCAUAUUGCCUCGGUGAAUGGGUAUUUAGAGAUUGUUAAAGAGCUCUUGAGCUUGAACGUGAAUCGUGAUCUGUGCACGCUGAUGGGUAGAGACAAGAGGAUACCCCUCCACUACGCGGCGAUCAAAGGUAGAAUUGCUCGCUGCUAGCCUGGAUUCUGUUGAACAUGUCACGGUUCGGGGAAAGACUGCCCUUCACCUUGCAGUCAAGAAUAAUCAAAUUGAAGCGUUGAGAGUGUUGGUGGAACAUCUCAAAAAUAUCAAGAAAGAGGGUGUUUUGAGCAUGGAGGAUGAGCAUGGCAGCACCAUCUUGCACCUAGCUAUCUUAGGAAGACAGUACGAGGUUGUCGACUUAUUGCUUGGUAAACAUUCCGUUACUAGGGCAGUGGUGGAAGUGAAUUCCUUAAACAAGAAUAACCUCACGGCUCUUGAUGUUUUAUUAAGUUUCCAAAGGAGAGCGGGCGAUAGAGAGAUUGAAGAUGUUCUUAGGCAAGCCAGUGCUAAGAGAGCUAGAGACUUGCACACAUCGACACUAGCAUUAACUAGCCAAAAUCAGGGUGUUACAACUAACCUAUCAAAUGACUGGUUAGUGACAAUUGAACGAACUCUAUCUCCAGGUAGACAGUUGCUAGACUAUUUCAAAUACGACAAGUUUAGAGAUUCGCCGAGUGAAACACGAAACACCAUGCUUGUGAUAGCUAUACUUAUUGCCACCGCAACAUAUCAAGCUGUGCUUAGCCCUCCAGGUGGUGUUUGGUAAGGCGAUACUACCAACAAUGGGACAAAUAGUACCAACAAUGGGACAUAUAUUACCAAACCACAUAUUGCUGGACAAUCGGUCAUGAGUUCAUUGAGUGUGUUCUGGUGCUUGUUUCUCGUUUCCAACUCAGUAGGGUUCUUCACCUCUCUCUACAUGAUCAAUGUUCUCACACGUGGAUUCCCUUUGCAAUUGGAGUUGCAAGUUUCAAUGUGUGCACUCGCAACAACAUAUGACAGUUCUAUGGUUUCAAUGACAUCUAAUAAUGUCUUGUCCGUGUUAUUUAUUGCUAUUUCCAUAGCCUUGCCAUUAGUGAUACCUAUUGUAACUGUGGUGGCAAGGAAUCACCUCAAAUGGCCAGGAGUUGCAUAGCAAUGUACAAGCCUA